CUCCUCCUUAUGUAACCUCAUUUAUAGGUGGCCCUCUUCAGAGCCCGGUGUCUGCACCUUUACCUGGCCCUCGGCUGCUCCGUCAGCUCCUGUGAAGGUACAGUCUGCCCGUGCUGCCUCACCAACGCAGACAGGCUGCACGUACAGUACUGGGGACUAAUAACAGAGUCAGAAGGAGAGCAGGCUGCCAGGGAGACGCAGAAAAUCAGACGGAGGGAAGGGAAAAAAAAAACAAGCAAACAACCAUGUGCUGCUGUAACAAGGAGUGCGGAUUCAUAUUCGGAGCUGUGGUCGGGGCUGUGCUGGCCGUCCUCGGAGGCAUCCUCAUCCCACUGGGUAACGGCAUCAUCGAGGAUACGGUGAAGAAGGAAGCCGUCAUCGAGCCUGGCACGACGGCGUACGACAACUGGGUUACCACAGGGGCGACUGUGUACAGGCAGUUCUGGUUCCUAGAAGUGAAAAACCCCAUCGAGGUCAUUCAGUACGGGGCGAAGCCGGUGGUCCUGGAGAAGGGACCGUACACGUACAGGACGAGGUUUCUCCCCAAAGAGAACAUCACGUUCAACCCAAAUCAAACGGUCUCCUACCUCCUCCCCGUGGGUGCCAUAUUUGAGCCGUCCAUGUCGGUGGGACCCGAGGACGACAAAGUCACCUCCCUUAACCUGGCUGUGGCUGGAGCCUAUUCCCUGAUCCCUGCAUUGUUCCAUGCUGUCCUGGAGACUAUGAUAAAAAGGAGCAACUCGUCAUUAUUCCAGCACCGUACAGUCAAGGACAUGUUGUGGGGCUACACAGACCCUAUGUUGAAAGACACAGUGGGUGUGUUUGCACCUUACAAUGGCACCUACGACGGCCCCUACACUGUCUUCAAUGGAAAAGACGACAUCUCUAAAGUAGGAGUCAUUGACCGGUGGCAAGGAAACACGAGCUUGUCUUUCUGGGACGACAAGUACUGUGACAUGAUUAAUGGAACAGAUGCCGCCUCCUUCCCUCCCUUUGUGAAUAAAAAGGAGCCGAUCUUUUUCUACUCGUCAGACAUCUGCAGGUCCGUGUCUGCCAGCUUUUGGAAAAGCCUCAAUCUGAAAGGGAUUGAAGUUUACCGUUACAACCUCCAGGAAUCAACCAUGGCCUCCCCCACGGUCAACCCAAACAACAGGUGCUUCUGCAGGAACCCAAAGACCACCAAGAACUGCACCAUGGCUGGAGUUCUGGACAUCAGCUCAUGUCAAGAGGGAAAACCAAUCUACAUCUCUAUGCCGCACUUCCUGUACGGCAGUCCAGACCUGCACCAGAGCGUUCUAGGACUCAGUCCCAGUGAGGAACACCAUAACACCUUCCUAGACGUGGAACCUACAACUGGAUUCACCCUGAGGUUUGCGAAGAGAAUUCAAAUAAAUAUGGUCUAUGGGCCGUCAAAACAAAUCACGGUCCUGAAGAAAAUCAAGGAUUACACCAUAUUCCCUAUCGUUUGGCUGAACGAGACGGCUACGCUGGAUGACGAAACAGCCGACAUGUUCAAGGAGGAGCUCACGUCCCGCAUCCAGAUGCUGGAGACUCUACAGCAGGUGCUGCUGGGCGUGGGUUUGGCCCUGUUCGUCCUGAAUCUCAUCUCCUACUGCGUGGUGAGGACGAACAGAAACAAAAGGAACAUGGUGUGAUUGUCUGUAAAAGCGUGUGUUGGAGCGGCUACAGGACGUAGCGACGUCUUUGACAGAGACUUGCACUUUUUUGUAAUCGUAGUGUUAUUUAAAAUGUUAUUUCCUUAAAUAAGAACAAUGGGAAAACUGUGAUUUUUCUGUAAAGCUGGAGAUUUCUUUUUUGGGGUGAAGCCAUGGUUUUAUUUCAAGUGCAAACACUGUAACUGUAACACAAUCAGGGAUUUCUCAUAGGAGAGAAAGUGGAGAUUAUCUUUUGGGGGUG